AUGCUUUUGGAACUAUUUUCUGAAUUUACUAUCGAUUCAGGUGAUAAUCGUGAUGUGGAAUCUUCUGAUCGUUGUAAUAUAACAUUUUUGAACCCUAGUCUUUAUGUGCCUUUCGACCAAUCUGCCGAAUGGUUUUCAAGUAAAAAUUUGGAUCUUGAUAAUCUCGAUGUUAGAAGAACUCAAGAAAUCUUUCAGAAUCAAGCAGUUCUUGCUUAUUUUCGCGGUGAUUACAUCACAGCAAUGGAUGUAUGUUAUUUCUUAUUUAAGUGCAUGAAAAAGAGGCCACUUGUUCUACAAAAUUUAUACUUCCAGAUUUAUCUCAAGAUGUCAGAAAAUGAAACACUAAGGACUGGUGAUUUUGCUGUUACUGAUUCACUUAUUCGAUGUGGCUUAAAACUUUCUCCGAUUAAUGGCCCACAGCUAUUGGCGUGGCUAGAAAAACUGAAUAAGUUAGUCUCUACUUAUGGUGAGCAGUUACAAUACUGGACACUAAGCCUUCAUGUGUAUUUAGCUACUGGAACAAAUAGUACCGAAUAUUUACGAAAUGCAAUCUUAUUAUGUGCAAGCGUUGACCAUCCAUAUCAUUGGACUUUGCUUUCACAUGCCUUACCGGUAAUCGCUCACCAUUUUUCGAACACAAAGUUCUGA